AUGCGAGGAGACAACGACGGUGUUGGGGGUCCAUCAGAGCACCAAGGGGCGGUGCUGGCGAUGGAGAUGAGGCUGAGGGCGCUGGAAGGGCAGCUGGAGGAGACACGGAGGGGACUGGAGGAGGCUGAGAGGCGCAGGGCAGAGGAGAUGCUAACAGUGAAAGGGGAAAUGCUAACAGUAAGAGAAGAGCUGGUUGCAGUAAAGGGGGAACUGGUGACAAGAAGGGGGGAGCUGGCAACAGCAAGAGGGGAGCUGACGACAGUAAAGGGGGAGCUAGUGACAGUAAGGGGGGAGCUGGUGACUGUAAGGGGGGAGCUGAUGACUGUGAAAGGGGAGGUGGAGGCGUUGAAAGGGGGUUUAGUAGAAGUGAAAAUGGAGUCGGCUAAACAGAAAGAGUGCCUGCAGAAGGUGGAGGAGGAAAGGUUGGGCAUGGAGGGGGAGGUGAAGAGGCGCAGGAAAGGAGAGAGUUCAGACGAGGCAGCAGUGGUGCAGUGCUCGGCAUCAAGGCAUUUCGAUACAACUCUGGAUCUGAAAGGCCUCUCUGGCCUCUCAGAUACCUUCCUUCGCCACGUGGCCACCAUGACUCACCUCAAGCACGUGCACAUCGAUGGGUGCUCAGGCUUCACAUCUGAAGGCCUCAAGUGCCUCUACUCCCUGCCUCUGCUGGAGCGCCUGGAACUGAAAAGCAGCGUUGUCACUGAUAGCACGCUGGAUGGCAUUGGGAGGGUACGCACUCUGAAGUUCCUCUAUCUCAACCGCACUAAGGUGACUGAUUCUGGGUUGGUGCACUUGAAGUGUCUUUAA